AGAGAGAGAGAAUUUUGUGCAAGAAAAUCACUUAAGGAAAAAACUACCAGAAAACUGAAAAGUUGUAAAAUAAAUUGACAACUAUGUUGCAAAAAAACUAAAGGACAUUGUCCACCACAGAAGCGGUGCAUAAUCCAUUGAAAUCGCCACAGAAUAAUCUAAAAAGUAACGUAGUUGUUUAUCAAUUUUCUAAUCAAAAAGGUGUGAACAAAUCGCUUUCAACUCUGCGAAAAAGUUCUGUAUCUCUUCACGGGUUUUCGUUCUCUGCUGGUUAAAGUGUUUUCGGUGGAAAACUAAACUGCUAAUUCAAGACAAGUUACCUUACGAGUUCGACAAUCCAUGGCAAAGUAUGCUGAUGGCAGUUAGUUCUUAAUCCAUAUUAUAAUGCAGAGAAUCUCGUCAAAAUUGAGCUCCCCCAUGCCGUGUCGCGAGUAUGUAUGUUAAAAUUUUAAGUAUAUAAUGGAUUCUCGGAGGACAACAUAUUUCUAUACAUUGUUUUUGGUAUACAUAUAUGUGGUGACAGAUAGAAAAUUAUUGCCCCAAAUGGAAUAAGAGAUGAAUUGCAUGGGUAAUUUUUGUUAUUAAGAAGCAGAAGAAGACGACGAAGCAGCAGGCUAUAAAUAUGGACAACAAACCAGAAGUAUUAAAUUAUAUGGAAAAUAUGAGUGCAACAGCGGCAGUAGCAGCAGCGGCUGUAGAUCCGGCAUUGCAUUAUGGAAUGUAUGGCAUGUUGGGUCAUCCGCUGGCGGCCGGUGUUGAUAUCCCUGCUCCAGUUGCCGGGGAAUAUGACAGUACCACCAAUUUACUCCAUAAUCAACAGCAGCAGCAGCAACAACAACAACAAUUACAGCAGCACCACCAACAAUUUAUUGCAGAGCAACAACAACAACUCCAACAACAUUUGGAAAUGCAACAACAACAUCUGCAACAAACCACAUCACAACAAAAUCAACUAACACCAGAGACAAGCAAUGAUACCAAACCUCCUCUGCCUUCCACGGAAGCCACAUCAUCCUGUAAUCCUACAAAUGAAACUAACAACUCCCCCACCACCGGCUCCAACAUGGACAGCACAGACUCCAACUCGCCUGAGGCCCUUAAACGUAGGAAUCCCACCCAGCCAAAUGACAACAGUUUACUGGCCAAGAAACAGCAUUUAAAUCAAAUGGCCGAAGAAAAAAAGAAAUCAGUUUUACGUAAAAAUAUUCGCGAGGUAAUGGAUACUAAUCAAUUGGAUACAAACACUCUAAAGGCCCAGCAUGAGGAGUCCGAACGUCUGGCCCGAAUGGCGGAACAGCAAAAGCUAUUGCGAGAAUAUCAACAACGUGAAGCAGUAUUAACCCAUUUCGAUCGUUUUGUCAAUGAGCAUCGUGUCAAGGAUCCCUCGGAUCUAAUCGAUGAGAAGGGAAAGGCCAUAAAGCAGUUGCAGGCCCAGCCGCCAAUUAUUAAGGAAGACACUGAGGUGUUGGGCGAAGAAGAUGAGGCCAAAAAGAGUCCGGCGGAAUCUAUGGUGGAAAGCAAUGAUUCCAAGGGCUUUGAAGACAAGGAUGCCGCCACCCCGGCCGCCGAAGUUGUUACCAUUGAUGAUAGCUCCGACGAUGACGAUUGUAUUGUCCUGUCCGACGAUGAAGUCGAGGAGGAAGACGAUGACAACGAUGAUCCGCACAACAGUGGCAUGCAUGUCAAAGAUGAAUUCAAUGUACCCGAUCAUUUGGGUCGUGUUGUCAUCAAUGUGGGUCAUCCCGAUGAUGAGGAGGAUAUUUUCAUCGCUCCUCAAAUUGCCAGAACCAUAAAGCCCCAUCAAAUCGGUGGGGUGCGUUUCCUGUUCGACAACAUUAUAGAAUCGCCCAAACGUUUCAAUGAUUCUGGCGGCUUUGGUUGUAUUCUGGCUCACUCAAUGGGUUUGGGCAAAACACUCCAGGUGGUUUGUUUCUGUGAUAUAUUCUUAAGGUAUACACCAGCCAAAUAUGUGGUCUGUGUUAUGCCCAUCAACACCCUACAAAAUUGGAAUGCCGAGUUUGAUAUGUGGAUACCCAAGUAUUCGGAUAAUCCGGAAUACAUAAGGCCACGGGAGUUUGAUGUGUUCGUACUUAAUGACCAGCAAAAGACAUUGACAGCACGAUCCCGCGUCAUAUUGCAGUGGAAGGAGAGAGGCGGUGUUCUGCUGAUUGGCUACGAGCUGUUUCGCCUGCUGGCCCUUAAAUUGAACUCCACCAAACGUCGCAGCAAGAAACAACAAAUGAUGAGCAUGGAUAACAAUGAGUGUCGCAGCCCCCUAAUGGAUCAAGUCUAUGAAGCUUUAGUUAAACCCGGUCCCGAUUUAAUCAUUUGCGAUGAGGGUCAUCGCAUUAAGAAUGCCCAAGCCGGCAUUUCGCAGGCCUUAAAACAAAUACGCACCCGAAGACGCAUUGUUCUCACCGGCUAUCCCUUGCAAAAUAAUCUGCUCGAAUAUUGGUGCAUGGUGGAUUUUGUGCGUCCCAAUUAUUUGGGUACUCGCACGGAGUUUUGCAAUAUGUUCGAGCGGCCAAUACAGAAUGGCUUGUGUGUGGAUUCAACACCGGAUGAUAUCAAGUUGAUGCGUUAUCGUGCCCAUGUUUUGCAUUCUCUGCUGGUGGGCUUUGUCCAGCGACGUUCACAUCGAGUGCUGCAACAAUCGCUGCCCGAGAAACAGGAAUAUGUUAUACUCACCCGCAUGUCGGAAUUGCAAAAACAAUUGUACGACACGUUUAUGAAUGACAUCGUAAGGACGAAGAAUGUUCCAAAUCCCUUGAAGGCAUUUGCCGUUUGCUGUAAAAUAUGGAAUCAUCCGGAUGUGUUGUAUGAUGCCAUGAAGGCGGCGGAGACUGGUAUGGAUAUGGACAUUGAGGGUGUGGAUGAGGUGGAUGCCAUGCCGACAGCAAGCAGUGUGGCGAAAAAUGGUUUUCCACCGCCGGUGCCAGGACCACCACCACCCAACCACAAAUCGUCGUUUCAGGAACUAUCACCAUCCACGUCGGGCAUGGCUGAAAAUGGUACACAAUUUGGGGAAAACCCCAAUAUUAUGGGCCACAGCCAGCCUUUCCUGGGACAAAAUGAGCCACAGAAACCAAUGGAAAAACAAAAUAAUUUUCAAAGCCCCUCCAUAUUUAGCGAUUUAAAUCAAUACGAAAAUCCUAAUCUAAACACUUCGAAUAGCUAUAAUCCGGAUAUGCAAACAAACUAUUUCUCCUAUCCCACCAUGAUGCACACCAUGGGUAGUCCCCUGAAACCAAACUAUGUUGGGUGCAUGUUAAAACAAACCGGCAUGGGCCCCAACGAAUCAAUGAUAACCGAAGAUUCUGGACACAACUCAUCAUCGGAAAUUGUAGAUUUAGAUACGAAUGAAAUAAAAACAAUUGAGACGGACAUUGACAUGGACAAGAAUAUUUCCCUGGAUCGAGCAACAGGUGGCAACAGUGGUGGGGCAUCAACCUCAUCGGGCAUAUCGUCAUUGGGCAUUGAUGGCUCCACAGAGACAUCGUGUAGUACACAAAAUGACAUUGAGACCAAAUCGGAGACGGGCAGUCAUGUCAGCAGUUCCCUGGCCACGACGGAAAGUAAUGACACAACAAUUGAGAAAAAGGGUCCCGAGAAAAUCACCUAUGAUUGGGCCACCAAAUUUCUCAAAAAAUAUGAGCCCGGGCUCAUAAAGAACUCGCCGAAAAUGGAGAUAUUCUUUUGUAUACUCAACGAAAGUAUACAGAUUGGAGAUCGGGUUUUGCUUUUUAGUCAAAGUCUUUUGACAUUGAAUGUUAUUGAGAAAUUUCUGCAGGCCACCCGUAUGCCUGGCUCGGACUCAUGCUGGACAUAUAAUACACACUACUUUCGCUUGGAUGGUUCAACCACAUCACAGGAGCGUGAAAAAUUGGUCAAUGAAUUUAAUUCAAAUACAAAUGUUAAAUUGUUCCUUAUCUCAACUAAAGCUGGAUCUUUGGGUAUUAAUCUAGUUGGAGCCAAUCGUGUGAUUAUAUUCGAUGCAAGUUGGAAUCCAUGUCAUGAUACACAGGCAAUUUAUCGAAUUUAUAGAUAUGGCCAAAAACGUUCGUGUUUUGUGUAUCGUUUGGUCAUGGACAAGUGUUUGGAAAAGAAAAUCUAUGACCGUCAAAUCAAAAAACAAGGCAUGUCCGAUCGCGUCGUCGACGAAUGCAAUCCCGACGCCCAUCUAUCCAUAAAGGAUGUAACAAAUCUAUGCUAUGACUACGAUGACGAUGAUGAAAAUCGCACAGCAAAUAAUAGUGAUUUCCCCAAACCAUUGGAAUCCUAUACCGAUACAAUUAUGAAAAUUAUAUUGACGGAAUAUAAAGCCCAUCUGACGAAAGAACCAUUCUUCCAUGAAAGUCUAUUGGUUGAUCGACAAAAUGAUAAAUUAUCACAGGCUGAAAAACGCCAGGCUCAUCGCAGCUAUGAGAUGCAAAAGAAAACCUCAUCGAAGACAGCCAUGUACACGACAACGGGACGGAUGCCUUAUCAAACGGUACGUCCCAUACAGAAUCGAACCCAAACAGUUCAGAAAAAUAGUAGCGGUUUACGUUCCACCCGAUGGAUACCAGCUGAGGUUUGGCAAAAGCAGGGCAUGACGGCCCAGGAAAUGUCAUUGCCAUUAGAUGUUGUUAUACCCACAAAUUCAAGUAAUAAAUCAAAAAUCAUCAUAAAGGCCGGCCAACGUGUUAUGGUAUUGAAAUCCGCCAAGGGCAUUUAUAUGCAAUUGGAUAGUGGCAAAAUUAUUGCCAUACGUACCCUCAACAAGCCAGCAACACCAUCAACGGAGAAAAGUGAUGUCAUCGAUAUAACGGGUGAAUCGGACACAAUAUCAUCCAACAAAGAUGCCAAGACUGAAAAGUCCGAUGCUGAUAUAUCACCGAAAGAUUCAAAUGCGGCAGAUAGUUGCACAAAUUCAUCGGCCUCAUCGUCUUUGGUAGCUGGAGCAGCGACAACGAAACAAACAAACAUUGAAAUGCCAAAUGAAGCAUCAUCUUCCUCAUCAUCGUCAACCACAGCAACAACAACUCAGCAAUUAGAUUUGUUUAAUAGUUCAACAGCCAGCAAGGCCAAUGUAGAUUUGGAAAAUAAACAGAGAACUAUUUCCAAAACAAAUGCUGACAAUCAAGAGACUUCGGCUACAAUUGGCAAUAACUUCCAGCAGAGGCAGCAUUUAACACAACAGCCAAUGUCACAAACGACAACAACAACACAACAGCAACGUUCGCAAAACACCCAUCUGUCGGCACACACGCAAAUGCUUAAUGAACAACACCAACAUCAACAUCAACAACAAAACCAAUUACAAAACCCCCAUGCAACAACACAACAAAAUAACCCAACAUUAAUGCAUUCCUCUCAAGCUACAACAUCGUCAUCAUCCUCGUCAGCAGCAUCAUCAUCAUCAUCAUCCACAUCACAGUAUCCAAGCCAACAUCAAGCCUAUAACAUUUAUUCUCAAACUCCUCGCAGUUCACAGCUUUACAAUUCUAGGGGUGCAGCUGAUUUCCAUCAAACGGCAGCAGCAGCACCACCACCACAAUUUACCGAUUACCCAACCUAUGGAUCUCAUCAUCAGCAGCAACAACCACAACAACAACAAACUACAACACGCUAUCAUCCCACAACAAAUUCAUCACACACCGAUUUAUCAUCCUCCGCCAGUCACACACAUUCGCUUGCACCGCCACCUCAUUCACAUCCUGCCCCACCCGCAUCGCUCUCGGACUUUUAUGGGGCCUAUUAUCCGCAAUGGUCGUCAUUUAUGUUGGCCUCACCUUCGCAAAAUCCCGAUGGGUCACAUUUAAUGCACAAUGCUGCUGCAGCCGCAGCUGCUGCCGCGGCCGCUGCUGCUGCUGCCUCCACAUAUCCACCAAUAGCACCGUCAUCUCAUUCACAUUCCCAUCAUGCAAAAGUGCAGCCCAAUACGCAUCAACAAUGGCCCCAGCAUUAUCAUCCAUAAUUAUUUGCCAAAAUGCUAAAUGUUUGAGAGGCCUACCUAGCUACAUACAUUUAAUGAUAAACAUACACACCCCCCACAUACAUACAUACAUGCCCCUACCCACUACUUACAUACAACAUACAUACAUACAAUACCAGAAGCAUAAAUACAAUUUGCAAACCUAAAUCUAAAUUCACACAUUCGUACAUAGCAUUCUAGUGUACGUAAGUGUUUUACUUUUAAAUUAAUAUUUGAUUAUUUAAUAUUAAGCUGAAACAAAAAAAAAGAAGGAAAUUAACUAUUAAUUAUAUUAUUGAAAACAUAAAAAUCAAAUAGUUUAGCAAUAAUUAAUAAAAAAAUGAAUUAAAUAAAAACAAAUUAUAAUUUUAGAAGAUA